GGGCCCGGUGGUGAAGGCAGAAGGCUCAGUCCGUCCGCCUCCACCUGCUGCCCCGGCAGCGCGAACCGACCCCACGCAGCGGUGGCCACGAGCUGCCCAAGACCGGCUCGCCGCGCCCAGGCCCGCGUUGGUCGCCCCUCCGGGCCCCAGCGCCAGGUGCUCCGCCUCCCAAGGCCGGCGGCGGCAUGGCGGCCAGGCAGAUCUGGACACGGGCGGGUCCCGCGCUCUGGAGGCAACCUUCCGCCGCCCCGCCGCCAGCACCUCUCUGGGUACAAGCUGGGUUCCGACAGCAGCUCAGCUUAACCCUCUGCCCUGCUAACGAGGGAAACUGCGGCGGCUCCGCGCCCAGCACGCCCGGUAGGCCGGAGAGAGCGGCGAGGCCUUCGGUGAGCGAAGAGUUAACCGCGGCGGAGCGACGGAUCGCGGAGCUCCACGCUGCCGCCUGCGCGGCUGGCCAGCUAAACUAUGUGGAUCCAGCUACUGGCUAUGUGGUGCUCACACAGAUUGCCCACUUGCAAAGAGGUGAAUGUUGUGGCUCUGCUUGCAGACAUUGUCCAUAUGGUCAAGUCAAUGUUAAAGAUCCAUCUAAAAAGAAGCAAUUCAAUUCAUAUUUUUAUGUUUGACCAAAUUUCAUCUCUGUUCCCUAACUGUGCUUGUAUUUUUAAAAAAAUAAAGCCCUAAUUCAGAAUUGCUGGGUUAUUAGUACUUGAACACUAGUUUAAUCCUAAAUACAUAUAUUAAAAGAACAUCAAUAAAAUGA